GCUGAGGCAGGAGGAUCUUUUGCGUCCACUCGUACUCAGGCUAUCAGAAUUCAUCGCAAAACUACUUCUUUAGGUUUGAGCUUCCGGAUCCGUGGAGGCGGGGAGACCUAAGAGAGGAAAGAGGAGACGAAGCAGGUCCAUGGAACGGUUCCUGGCCCAGCUGUGUGGCACCAGCGCAGCGCGGCCCCUCCCGCUGUGGGAAGGGAAUACCACUGGCCACUGCUUCACCCAGCUGGUGCUCAGCGCCCUGCCCCAUGCACUCCUGGCCGUGCUCAGCGCCUGCCACUUGGGCACCCCGAGGACUCCAGAUUACAACCCACCCUGCAGUCCUGGUUGGAGCCUCCGACUCAUAGCUUCUUGCCUGCUCUCCAUCUUCCCACUGCUAGAUCUCCUUCCAGUUGCUUUGCCACCAGGGGCAGAUCCAGGACCUAUAUGGCUAGAGGUCCUGGCAGGGUGUGUGACAGCUGUGGCCUGGAUCACCCACAGCUUGGCCCUGUGGGUGUUGGCUCAUUCCCCUCACAGCCGUUCCAGGGGCCCCUUGGCCUUGGCUCUGUCAGCCCUUCUGCCAACUCCAUCUUUAGUGCUGACCCUGCUAUGGCAUUGCCAGCAAGACAUGUUUCUGUCCCCGCUUCUCCCAGGGCCCGUAGCCCGCCUGUGCCUUCUCAUUCUGCAGCUGGCAGCAGUUUUCGCAUAUGGACUGGGCUGGGCAGUCCCUGGGGGGCCAGGAGAACCCUGGACUUGGACUCAGGAACUCUUUCUGUCCUCUGAGGUUCAAGAAUCUGAGGUGGCUGAAGAUGGGGAAAGUUGGCUGUCACGCUUUUCCUAUGCUUGGCUGACACCCUUGCUUACCCGUGGGGUCCAUGGGGAGCUCCGACAGCCCCAUGACAUUUGUCGCCUACCCCACAGACUGCACCCUGCCUACCUGGCCCGUUUCUUCCAGGCACACUGGCAGGAGGGAGCCCAGUUGUGGAGAGCCCUGUAUGGGGCCUUUGGAUGGUGGUACCUGGCACUUGGACUGCUGAAGUUGGUGGGGACCAUGCUGGCAUUUUCAGGGCCUCUGCUGCUCUCCCUAUUAGUGGGCUUCCUGGAGGAAGGGCACGAGCCCCUAAGCCAUGGCCUGCUUUAUGCCCUGGGCCUAGCCAGUGGGGCUGUGCUGAGUGCAGUACUGCAGAAUCAAUAUGGUUAUGAGGUUCGCAAGGUGACACUUCAGGCACGGGGAGCUGUGUUGAAUACCAUGUACCGCAAGGUUUUGCAGCUGGGGCCCAGUCGUCCUCCUACUGGGGAGGUCCUGAACCUACUGGGCACUGACUCUGAGCGGUUGCUUAACUUUGCCAGCAGCUUCCAUGAGGCCUGGGGCCUGCCCCUGCAGCUGGCCAUCACCCUCUACCUGCUGUACCAGCAGGUGGGAUUGGCCUUCGUGGCUGGUCUGGUCUUGGCACCGCUGCUGGUGCCUGUCAACAAAGUGAUUGCCACCCGCAUCAUGGCCAGCAAUCAGGAAAUGCUGCAGUACAAGGAUGCACGGGUUAAGCUCAUGACAGAGCUGCUGAGUGGCAUCCGAGUCAUCAAGUUCUUCGGGUGGGAGCAGGCGCUUGGGACUCGAGUAGAAGCCUGCCGGGCUCAAGAGUUGGGGCGACUUCGGGUCAUCAAAUACUUGGAUGCAGCCUGUGUAUACCUAUGGGCUGCCCUGCCAGUCAUCAUCUCCAUAGCCAUCUUUACCACCUAUGUCCUCCUGGGGCACCAGCUCACUGCUACCAAGGUGUUCACGGCACUGGCAUUGGUGCGCAUGCUUAUUCUUCCCCUCAACAACUUCCCCUGGGUGAUCAAUAGUCUUUUGGAGGCCAAAGUGUCUUUGAACCGGAUCCAGCGUUUCCUCGACGUUCCAAACCACAACCCUCAGGCCUACUACAGCCCAGAUCCCCCCUCAGAACCAUCUACAGUAUUGGAACUGCAUGAAGCCCUGUUCUCCUGGGACCCAGUUGGAACCAGCCAGGAGACCUUCAUCAGUCACCUUGAAGUGAAAAAGGGUAUGCUGGUGGGCAUCGUGGGGAAGGUGGGCUGUGGGAAGAGCUCGCUGCUGGCUGCUGUCACUGGGGAGCUCCACAGGCUACAUGGGCAGGUGGGAGUGUGGGGGCUGUCCAAGGGCUUUGGCCUGGCCACCCAGGAACCCUGGAUCCAGUUUGCCACUAUCCGAGACAACAUCCUUUUUGGGAAGACAUUUGACGCUCAGCUCUACGGGGAGGUUCUGGAGGCCUGUGCCCUCAACGAUGACCUCAGUAUCCUGCCCGCUGGAGACCAGACAGAGGUGGGGGAGAAGGGUGUGACUCUCAGUGGGGGACAGCGAGCCCGGAUUGCCCUUGCUCGUGCGUCUACCAGGUAAGAAAAGGCAUUCUAUUUCCUCGAUGACCCUCUGGCUGCUGUGGAUGCAGAUGUGGCCGACCACCUUCUGCACAGGUGUAUCCUGGGAGUGCUGGGCCACACCACACGGUUACUGUGCACCCACCGCAUCGAGUACCUGGAGAGAGCUGACAUGGUGCUACUGAUGGAGGCUGGGCGCCUCGUCCGUGCUGGGCCUCCCUCUGAGAUUCUGCCACUGGUACAAGCUGUCUCCAAAGCCUGGGCUCAGGAUGGACAUGAACCUGACGCAGCCAAGGCCCAGUCAGUACAAACCCCAGAGAAGACAGAGGAGGGGCUGGAGGUGGAGCAGAGCAUAUCUGACCGCCUGCUGCAGGAAGAAAGCAAGAAGGAAGGCGCUGUGGCCUUCCACGUGUACCGAGCAUACUGGAGGGCUGUGGGCCAGGGUCUGGCCCUUGCUAUCCUCUUCUCCCUGCUCCUCAUGCAAGCCACACGCAAUGCGGCUGACUGGUGGCUUUCCCACUGGAUCUCUCAGCUGAAGGCAGCCAGGAAUAGCUCCCAGGAGGUGUCAACCUCUGCCAGCCCAGGCUCCACAGGGCUUUUCUCUGCACAACUACUACUCUUUUCCCCUGGAAGCCUCUACACUCCAGUGUUCCCACUGCCCAAAGCUGCCCCCAAUGGCUCCUCAGACAUACGUUUCUACCUCACUGUCUAUGCGACCAUUGCUGGUGUCAACUCUGUCUGCACCCUUCUCCGAGCAGUGCUCUUUGCAGCAGGCACCCUCCAAGCAGCUGCCACCUUGCAUCACCGCCUUCUGCAACGAGUCCUUAUGGCGCCAGUGACUUUCUUCGACUCCACGCCCACGGGCCGGGUCCUAAACCGCUUCUCCUCUGAUGUGGCGUGUGCAGAUGACAGCCUGCCCUUCCUACUCAACAUCCUGCUGGCCAGUUCAGCAGGCCUGCUGGGCCUCCUGGCUGUGCUGGGCUCUGGCCUGCCCUGGCUGCUGCUGCUGCUGCCACCUUUGGGCAUCAUAUACUACUGCGUGCAAUGCCGCUACAGGGCCUCCUCGAGGGAGCUGCGGCGCCUGGGCAGCCUCACCCUGUCGCCACUCUACUCCCACCUGGCUGACACCUUGUCUGGCCUCCCUGUAAUCCGUGCAGCCAGGGCCACCCACAGGUUUGAGGAGGAGAACCAGCGACUCUUGGAGCUAAACCAGAGGUGCCAGUUUGCUUCCUAUGCCACAAUGCAGUGGCUGGACAUCCGACUGCAGCUCAUGGGGGCAGUAGUGGUUGGCGCCAUCGCAGGCAUUGCCCUGGUACAGCACCAGCAGGGCCUCGCCAAUCCAGGACUGGUGGGCCUGUCACUGUCUUACGCCCUAUCCAUGACGGGUCUGCUCUCUGGCCUGGUGAGCAGCUUCACACAGACAGAAACCAUGCUGGUGAGCGUGGAGCGGCUGGAGGAGUAUUCCUGUGACCUGCCCCAGGAGCCCCAGGGCCAGCCGCUGAAGGGAAUUAGCUGGCUGACCCAGGGGAGUGUGGAGUUCCAGGAUGUGGUGUUGGUGUACCGACCAGGACUGCCCAAUGCCCUGGAUGGAGUGAGCUUCCGUGUGCAACCUGGAGAGAAGUUGGGCAUCGUGGGCCGCACGGGCUCAGGAAAGUCUUCCCUGUUUUUGGUGCUCUUCAGGCUGCUGGAGCCCAGUGCAGGGCGAGUGCUACUGGAUGGCAUGGACACCAGCCAGCUAGCGCUGGCUGAACUCAGAUCUCAGCUAGCUGUCAUUCCCCAGGAGCCUUUCUUGUUCAGUGGGACUGUUCGGGAAAACCUGGACCCCCGGGGCCUACAUGAGGAUGGGGCCUUGUGGCAGGCCCUGGAACAGUGCCACCUGAAUGAGCUGAUCGUCUCUAUGGGUGGCCUGGAUAGAGAGCUGGGUGAAGGGGGCCGGAGCCUGUCCCUGGGACAAAGGCAGCUGCUGUGUCUGGCCAGGGCUCUCCUCACAGAUGCCAAGAUCCUGUGUAUUGAUGAGGCCACAGCAAGUGUGGACCAGAAGACGGACCAGCUGCUCCAGCAGACCAUCUGCAAACGCUUUGCCAACAAGACAGUGCUGACCAUUGCCCACAGGCUCAACACAAUCCUGAACUCGGACCGAAUACUGGUGCUCCAAGCGGGGAGGGUCGUGGAGUUGGACUCCCCUGUCGCCCUUUGCAGCCAGCCACACUCACUGUUCCAGCAGCUGCUGCAGAGCAGCCGGCAGGGAGUCCAGUCUUCAGGAUGGCACUGAGCCCGGGCCCUUUCAGGGAUCUUCACCCAUCUACCCUGGGCAGGGCUGGCACAGAAAUGCUGGCUGGCUCAACUGGUAGAGUGCCUGCUUUACAAGCAUGAAGCCCUGAGUUCACACCCCAG